AUACAUUCCAGUAAAAGAAAACCUACAUUCAAGCACCGACAUUCGUAGCAAGCGCAAGCCAUUAUCGCUGAGUUUUCUUGGAAACUGUACAAAGUUGAGCAAUAUUGCUUUUGUGCGUGUGAAAUAAUCGUUUCUGCGUAACAAAGCCGACCAUUACAUGGUACCGAAGAGUAAACUCCUAAUCAAGUGUAAAUAAUUACAUGUGUGCGUAUGUGUGUGUGAAUUGGUCGCUAGUGGUCCCAUGCACAGUCUAGUGGUCCCUCGAGGGCUAGUGGUCCCACUAACUUUUCCCCCCCCUCUCCAUACACCCAUACCCAUCGGGUUGUACGAGGAUUGAACAUUGUAUUUACAUACAAAUAGACUAACUUUGCAGUGGAAUUUGCGAUCGAAAUAAAACAAAACCCAGUGCCAUAGCGUGUGAAAAGGAGGUGCACAUAGCUGCACCAUAAGGCCAACCAACGCCUUCGAAUCUUUGUACAGAAUUCAUGAAAUGUCUGCAUGGGAUAUAUUCUUUCCUUGUGAUGAGAUGAUUCGCAAACCCGUCCAUCCCUAAACGCAAAUAUUAACUAUAUUUUGUGUUUAAUGAGUGAAGGCCAACAAAGAGAACCUGGGGGAGGAAAAAACUUUAUAGGCAUUUAAGUUUUACUUCUUCUUUUUGUUGGUUAAUGCAAAGCAGAGCGUCAUCGGACAGUAGUUGACGGUUGUUCCUGUAGAUGGCAUCGCGAAGUGUCAACGUCAAUGCGCGUUGUGUCUGGUUUGCUGGUUCCUGCGCCCGUAAGCCAUGGCAAAGUUGGCUGUGAUAAAACAGAAGUUUGAAUAGUUGUGCUGUGUACUCUUGUGAAUUGUUUAAGUUUAGUUAGAAACAAGUUUUAAUUCGUAACAUUGGCGCAUUUUACAUCAGUCAUCAGAAGUAACUUUCGCGAUAGUGUCGAUUUUAUGCAUAUACAAUGCAAUGGUUUUUGGUGAAAGUGUUUUUUAAGCUGUAUCCUGCUACACAGGAGAAAUUAUGUGCAUAGACAGAUUGCAGAAGAUAGUAAGAACGUGACUAACGCCUAGUUGACGGUGUAAUUGUGUUCCGGAAGCCGUAGACAAGAAGGUCUACUUACUGUAUCUGCCAUAGACAAAAGAUGGCACAAUACUACGAGAUUGUACAGCAAGAUGAACUAAAAAAUGUUUAUCCACAACUAAACAUCGACAACAGCAUCCAGCUUGUCAUGGGCGAAGAUAUACAGUUCGGAUCGCAGCAAGUAAUUCUUUCUCAGGAGCAAACGAACGAUAUACAGCUGAUUGGUGGCGUAUAUCAAACAAGACAUCAAAUUCCUCAGCAGCAGCAGCAGCAGCAGCAGCAACAACAACAGCAACAACAGCUACAGUUGCAACCUCCGCAACAUGUACAAGAUCCAAACUAUCUAAGACAGGUGAACAAUUCCUUGCCAGCGGACACUUCAUAUAUGCAGCAAGGCAUGCAUGCACAGCAAACACACCUUCAGCAUCAGCAAGUAUAUUAUACGGACGAGAGCACGGGACAACUCGUGCAGGCUACAAAUAUUUUACAAUCCCAAGAACCUAUACAUGACACCCAGCAACAGCAGACGCUGCAUGUGAUGCAAACACCAACGGAGCAGCAAUUACACCAUCAGCAGCAACAGCAACAGCAGCAAAUAAUUCACCAACAAAUGGCACCAGCUCAGCAGCAACAACAGCAGCAGCAGCUACAGUCUAGUUCAGCGCAAUCGUCACAACAAGGGUCGCAUUCGGUUGUGCAAGUUGUUCAGGAAAUGCAACGCCAUGGACAACAUUUAAUCAUUCGUCAAACUGACCAGGGAUCGCCAAAACAGGGAACGGGAAACAUACAGCAGACGCAACAGCAUAUGCUUACCCAUCAUCAAUCGGGUCAGCAGGUGAUACUGCAAAGCCAAAGCACGUCACAGCUUGUGCAAUCGCAGGACGCGCAGCAGCAGCUCCAGCAGCAACAGCCUGACCAACAGAACCAGCCAAACAUGCAACAGGUUGUGUACGAUCAGCACGGAAUGCAACAGCAGCAGCACCAGACCGUUCCGUUGACGAUUAAUCAAACGGGAGGCGGCACAGUUCAGCAGCAUCAACCCAAACCAACGCAGUCACUUCAACAGAUUCAGCUGCAACAUGUCCCACAGCAGCAGCAGCAGCAGCAGCAGCGUUUACAACUUGGCAAAAAUUCAAUCACAAUAACCUCUCAGCAAAAUUCGCAUUUACAGCAGCAGCAGGGCGCUACGAUGCAUCUCCAGCCAUCGGGUGCAACUGGUACACAAAUAUUUUCCGGAAACGCUCGGGCCUGUUUCAUUGUAACGAAAACUUCACAGCAACAGCAGCAAAAUAUGGGAGGUGGAACGCAAAUUGUUACCAGCCUACAACAACCUGUCCAGAUGCAAACCAAUGUAGUGCAACAAUCUGCACUGCUCGGCACAACACGUACCGUGCCCCUUCAACACCAGCAGAUGAAACCGGACGCGCAGCAGCAAACACAAAUAAUUACAACACAGCAAAAGGUUUCCAUGGGCCAAUUUACACAGCCCGGUACCAGUGUGGUGACAACGGGCGGAGAUUCGCUGCUUCGUCCUCGUUUGACACGGCCGCGCAAUACGAAACCAGCCAAUCCUAGACAGCCACGUUCCGGUGCGACCACGAUAGGUACAAUCCAGAUGCGAGGGCCACGACCACCCCUAACGGCGCAGCUAAUCACCACCACCCCGAUACGCACUUCGGUAGCCACAUCCACGUCUACCGGAGGGUUGAAUGCGCAAACGUCACAACAGACUGUGUUCCACGGCAUAAUGGCCGGGCGGAAUGUGGUGCUUACGAAUCCGCGUGCCAAAAUCCUUACGAUUAAUCGUACCACGCAGGCAGGCGGUAUAGCCACCAUACAAGGACAACCACCUCGGCUAGCAAUAAUGCAGCGGAGCAACGUUGUUCAAUCUACUGGACAAUCUUCUCUUAAUAUUUCCCAGCAGCAACAACAGCAGCAACAGCAGCAGCAGCAGCAGCAGCAUGAACAGGGCCAAACGGGCCCACAAAUGAUACAGGUCAGCUUGGCACAGGUUGUGCAACAAACGAAUACGUCAUCUCUAAGCACAGUGUCAACAUCUACAACGCCAACAACAGGGCCGGCCACAGCAGUAGUACAUCCGUUUGUGGUGGGAAAGCCCACGGCACAGGUUAAACCGACACCGGAACCUGCGAGUAUUUCAGGUUCGAACGUAAUGGAAGAUUUGGAAGACAGCAUCAAGGCAGCCGUAUUACCACGCCGGGGAACGGAAGAAAACAUCGCCGGUGCCCCAGCGGUUAGCACGCUACCAGUGGCUACCGGGACUGUAGCGGCGGGAUCUGUUUACGCUGUUCAUGCACAACAGUCCCCACAGGUUGUUUCCUCAACAAUGCAGCAGCAGCAGCAACAACAACAAAGAAAUGCUUCGAAUCAAUCGUUUACUGAUGAAUCGACCAACUUAAUCCAGAUAGGCAACGGGCAAACGGUGACACCGGCCGAAUUCCGCACGUUUCAGGAAAAGCAGCAGCAACGCCAACAGGAAGCAUUCCGUGGUGGCUUCAACCAGUCGGUACGUGCCCGCCUACCACAGCGCAGUAUGACGAUUCGGCAUCGGGCCCCUACCGGUCGGCAUAUGGUGACUAUUCAAUCGCCGCCAAGCCAACAGAUUGCAACCGCUCCGCCGAUAACGUUACCGCAGGGACCGAUCACGAUCUCUGCCUCACAUGUCGUGCAGCAGCAGCGCUUUUUGCAGCCCGUCACACAGAUCCAGCUGCAGCAAAUUACGCCGACUACUACGCUCAAGCAGGUGCAAACGAUCGGACCACAGUCGGGUGAGACGGAGUACCGCGAGAGUGCCCGCAUGCUGGUUAUUCUGCAGAGUGGUGAACAGCGAUUGAUAACCUUCACGCUGCCGAAGGAAAGCUGCACUGUGCAGGAUUUACUUGAACAGGUGCAGGUGCAGUACUCACCCGAUAGUAAUAUUCAGUGCAUUUCGAACCCGGGUGGUGAUGUUGAUUACAUCGUAACGGUUGGCAUUGGAGAGUCGGAAACGGCGGAAGUGAUCCGGCAGGCUGAAAUUACACUACGCAGCCAAUCGAUUCAACUGCACCACCAUACGCUUCCAACGCCGCCUUUGAUACAGCAGCAGCCACAACAGCAACCUGCGAUGAUACAACAACAACCGUGUGUAAUACAGCAACCACAGCAGCAGCAGCAACAACAGCAGCAGCAGCAGCUCCAACAGCAACAAACGAUGAUGAUCACCGUGCAUCCGAGUCCGUCACAACCUCAACAGCAGCAAGCUCAAGUGAUGUCGCGGUUUUCCGAUUCGUUCCGGCAAACAAUAUCGCUCGGCGCAACACCAGUACCGGUUGCCUCAUCGUCCCAUAUGCAAACACUUCUGCAGACCUCAACGCCGGACGCUAAUCCAGAGGUGAAACAAAAAUUGAUUAAAGGCUUUCUUGCCGUUUGUGCGUCCUGUGGUUACACCGGUAUGGACCAUGCUAAAUGUCAGCGAUGUAAACGUGUGUUCACCGAGGCACCGCGCCGUAUCCCGGAGCCAGAAAAAACACAAACGCCUUUAUCUUCGUCCAAUCAAUUACCGCCGCUCGUACCAAACGCAACAUCAACGCCGAUGGCUGGUGGGUCAAUGCGAAAGUACGACAUUUAUGCGAAGAAGCAAGGAAUGAAUACGAUUCUGUUGCGCCCAGGCCGUGGAGGAUCGGUACGUUCCGGCCGGGGAAGGGGACGCGGAGCGGUGGCGUCAAAGUAUCAGGAUGUAGAUCCACCCGUAUUCACACUGAGCAGCGAUGACGAGGAGACGAGCACGGCGAAUGAUCGCUCGAAAACGAUCUACAAAUCGGCAGUCGGUAACUCCUCGAAGGCUAACGUUUCCCAGCCACCAGUUAAAAGGGAUCCGCUACCAUGUGAACCGGUAAACAAUGAAAUCGACACGAGCGUCGUUGGAAACGACAAACUCCGGCUGGAUAUUACAGAUGUAAAGAAUCUUCCGGAUGGACAAAUAACGCAAGUCGACUGCAACACCAUUCGACUGGGUACGCUGAAAUAUGACGCAAAUGAGAAGGUUACGAUUUCGUCGAAAGGCGUCCGUAUUGUGGCUCCCAAUGUUAGGCGUCCGGCCGAGUUUGUAAGUUUGGAUCUGCAGAUGCACGAGAUGAAGAAAGUACUCACCCACUUCUCGAAGGCACUGAACGUUAUAUUCUUGUAUACGAACAACUCUGGCGGUGCGUACGUACGGAAGCAUCUAGAAAUGGAUCCCAGCUCGGACAAACUUCCCUGCUUCCGACCGGAACUGGUUUCUAACGAUCCAACAAAGCGGAUUACCCUGCUGAUGGAAAGCAUCAGCGAGGAGGCAAAGUCAAUCAUUAGGAACAUCUUUCAUCCGAAUCUAUUAGAGGAGAUCAGCAUUCGCGACGCGAAAGAGUUGAUCCUUCGCUGUUCUCCUAGCCGCUCGCUCAACACAUCAAAUAUGAACGUAGCAACCGAUGCGAAUGGUUCCGGUUCCAACGAGAUGGGCGAUGCGAUGGAAAUUCGUAAAUUGCUGAUAUACCCGCCCGGGAAGGGAGGCAUCUCGAUCAACACAGAGGAUUACAUGUGUUUGGCGAAGGAUCAAUAUUUAAACGAUAUCAUUAUUGACUUCUAUCUCAACUACCUUAAGCUGGAAAUGCUCGAGGAAGAGGAACGGCAGAGCGUACACAUCUUUAGCACAUUUUUCUACAACCGGCUCACAACACUGACCACACGCCAGCGUGCCCCGCCCGGCGAAGGUAAAGAUGUGAAGCUUUCCGCAGCACAGAAGCGGCAUGCGCGCGUUGCCAACUGGACGAAGAAGGAUAACAUAUUCGAGAAGAAGUACAUUGUCAUUCCAAUCAACGAGCAGUCGCACUGGUUCCUUGCUAUUAUCUGUUUCCCCGGUCUCGAUUGUCCUGUUACGAUGAGCAACGAUGUUCCUGCGCCGGAUAUUUCCGCCACCGUUAAGCCGAAACCGAAGACUACGCAGCGGCCGAAGCGCAAUUUAACAAUGCAGAUCGGCAACACGACAAUAACGCCUGUUUCGAAGCGUGAGAUGGAAUCCAUUCAUCUCACCGACGAAGAUAUGUGCGAACGGGACGAAGCGGAUGGUGACGAAAGUGAGUUGGCUAGCGACGGAGAGGAAAGCGACGACGAAUCAGCGGAUGACGUGCGGCCACCGAUCAAGCAACCUUGUAUUUUAAUCUUCGACUCGCUGACGGGUGCCUCUAGAAGUCGUGUGGUGGCGACACUGCGUGACUAUCUGACGUGUGAGUAUCGUGCGAAAAUGCCCGACAAACCGCCGAAGCUGUUCAAUAAGCUCAACAUGCCCGGACAUUGCGUAAAGGUACCGCAGCAAAACAAUUACACCGACUGUGGAUUGUAUCUGUUGCAGUAUGUGGAGCAUUUCUUCCUUGAACCGAUCCUCGAUUAUCAUCUUCCAAUCAAGCAGCUGCAAGAAUGGUUUGAAACAAUUACCGUCACAAAAAAGCGUGAAGAUAUUUGUAAUUUAAUCAAGGAACUGAUCGAAAAACACAACUCCAGUGUGCUCCCAUUGCCAUCGAUUGAUCUACCUACGCUUAACGGUAAAAUGAUAAUCGAUCCCGACGACAGUUUGAACGAUCCCGAGUUUGAGGAAGAUGAGACGGAAAUGGAAGAUGAAUUUGUCAGUGCGUUCGACAUGACGCCGGAAGAAGACGAACAACAGCAGCAGCUCGCCUCAUCGGGAACGGUCAACGAAGCCGAACGGACGAAUGAAACAAACAGUACCAGUGGUCCCAGUCUUAAACCGAUCGGUUCGAAGAAAACCAUCAACUUCAAGCGUAUCGGCGGACAGUCGCUUAUCAAUCGGUCGUCUAGCAACAACUUAAUCGAUGGUAGUUCGAACACCGAUAGUCCAACUACCACCACAACAAAUGUGAGCACCAGUAGUAAUGCUAGCAGCAACGCCAGCGGUACGUUGAGUGCCAAACGUCCGUUGGGUGGUAAUGCAGCUAGUGGCAAUAAGCAACAGCAGCAAGACUGUGUCCGACCGAAGAUACCACGUCUCAGCGGUGAAAGUUCGAGUAAAAUAGUAACCACACAGCUAUAACACGAUUCGGCGACGCUACAGUGAGCUCCGGAAUAUAACGUACGAUAGGUGAAUAAACUGCACCGUAUGCUAUACUA